GUCACGUCGGAAGGGUGCCCGGGCGAGCGCUGGCCAACGGAGCCGGGCGAGCCAGCCCCUUGCCUGGCUGAUUGGGCGGGCGGCACACUGACGCGCACUGACGCUCGCCGGCUGGAGGCGCAUCUUGGCGGAGCACCGCCGAGCCCACAUAAACAAAGGCACAUUGCGCCCAAGGGCCAGUCCGUCCGCCAGACGCCUGGCGCUGCGCUCCCACCGCCCAGCACCCCGCGCAGCCUGUGCCCGCCUGCCAAGAGCCAGCCCGCCCGCCAGCCCGCCCGCCCGCUCGCCUGCCCACCGGCGGGCAAGCAGCUGCCGCCUGUGCCGGGGCUCUCUCGGCCGGUCUCCUCGCCCGUCCCCGCCACCGCCGCUGCAGCCAACAGUUGAAUGAAUGAAUGAGACGGACCCCGCUCCCAAAGACCUGCCCGGGCAGCCUGGAGUCCGCCCCGCCUUGCUAAAGUCUCGGCCGCCGGUCCGUCCGCCGAACCCCGACGCUGUCCGCCUUUACUCCCCCCGAAAACGCCUCUCACGCGGCUGAAGGUGGCCAUGCCCUGCGUCCAGGCUCAGUACGGGUCCUCGCCGCAAGGAGCCAGCCCGGCCACGCAGAGCUACGCCUACCACCACUCGACGGCCGCCGGCGAGUACAGCUCCGAUUUCCUGACGCCCGAGUUCGUCAAGUUCAGCAUGGACCUCACCAACACCGAGAUCUCGGCCACCACCUCGCUGCCCAGCUUCAGCACCUUCAUGGACAGCUACGGCGCCGCCGCAGCCGCCGCCGCCGGCUACGACGUCAAGCCGCCCUGCCUCUACCAGAUGCCCGCGCAGCCCCCGCCGCCCCCGCCGCCGCCGCCCCCCGCGCCCUCCAUCAAGGUCGAGGACCUGCCCCUGCACGGCCACGGCUACCAGCAGCCGCCGCCCCCCGGCACGGCCGCCUCCUCCGCGCCCCCGGCCCCCGACGAGCUGGCCGUCUACUACAAGCCUUGCGCCUCGCCGCCCGCCCCCACCGCCGGUUUCGGGCCGAGCCAGAGCGUCUGGGACGAGGCCGGACCCCUGCACGGCUUCCACCACCACCACCAUCACCAUCAUCACCCCCACCAGGGGGGCUACGGCGGGGCCGCCGGGCCUGGCGGCGGGGGCGGCCGAGGGGUCCCCAAGGGCGGACCGGCCGCCGUGCCGCGCCUCUCGCUCUUCUCCUUCAAGCAGUCGCCGCCCGGCACGCCGGUGGGCAGCUGCCAGAUGCGCUUCGAUGGGCCCCUGCACGGCCUGCCGCUCAACGGGGAGCCGCCGGGCCACGGGCACCACCAUCACCACCACCACCACCCCCCGCACGACGGCCAGCCCUUCGCCCUGCCCAACCCCAUCCGCAAGCAGGCCGCCGCCGCCGCCGCAGCCGCCGCUGCCGCCGCCGCCGUGGGCUUCCCGGGCCUGCAGAUCGGGCACGCCUCGCAGCUGCUGGACGCCCAGGUGCCCUCGCCGCCCUCGCGGGGCUCGCCGUCCAACGAGGGCCUCUGCGCCGUCUGCGGGGACAACGCCGCCUGCCAGCACUACGGCGUGCGCACCUGCGAGGGCUGCAAAGGGUUCUUCAAGCGCACCGUCCAGAAAAACGCCAAGUACGUUUGCCUCGCCAACAAGAACUGCCCCGUGGAUAAGCGACGCCGGAAUCGGUGUCAGUACUGUCGCUUUCAGAAGUGCCUCGCCGUCGGCAUGGUCAAAGAAGUGGUUCGCACGGACAGCUUAAAAGGCCGCCGGGGUCGCCUGCCCUCGAAACCGAAGAGCCCCCAGGAGCCCUCCCCCCCGUCGCCCCCGGUGAGUCUGAUCAGUGCCCUGGUGCGAGCUCAUGUCGACUCCAACCCGGCUAUGACCAGCCUGGACUAUUCCAGGUUCCAGGCGAACCCGGACUACCAGAUGACCGGCGACGACACGCAGCACAUCCAGCAGUUCUACGAUCUCUUGACCGGCUCCAUGGAGAUCAUCCGGGGCUGGGCCGAGAAGAUCCCCGGCUUCCUCGAUCUCCUCAAGCAGGACCAGGACCUGCUCUUUGAGUCGGCGUUCCUGGAGCUGUUCGUCCUGCGGCUGGCCUACAGGUCCAAUCCGGUGGAAGGCAAGCUGAUCUUCUGCAACGGCGUGGUCUUGCACCGGCUGCAGUGCGUCCGCGGCUUCGGCGAGUGGAUCGACUCCAUCGUGGACUUCUCCUCCAACUUGCAGAACAUGAACAUCGACAUCUCCGCCUUCUCCUGCAUCGCAGCCCUGGCCAUGGUGACAGAGCGGCACGGCCUGAAGGAGCCCAAGCGGGUGGAGGAGCUGCAGACCAAGAUCGUCAACUGCCUCAAGGACCACGUGGCGUUCAACAACGCCGGCCUGCACAGGCCCAACUACUUGUCCAAGCUGCUGGGCAAGCUGCCCGAACUGCGCACGCUCUGCACGCAGGGCCUGCAGCGCAUCUUCUACCUGAAGCUGGAGGACCUGGUGCCGCCGCCCGCCAUCAUCGACAAGCUCUUUCUGGACACGUUGCCUUUCUAGCCACGGACCGCGGAGCGGGAGGCCGGAGAGCAAAGAGAGGGGAGCAGAGACUCUGUUUGGCUUCCAGUCACAGUUGACGGACUUUGCGACAGCAGGCUGCCCACAGGGGGGACUGCGCGCGCACUUCCCCCCUCCAGGUUGCAAGCCCAGGGGGGCUGCUACAAAGGAGGUCCCGGGGGCCUGCAGAGCCGGGACUGGGCGUGGUGGGGGAGUCGAGGCCCUCCCGGAGGCCGUUCCUCGGAUUGCACCCUGAUCCCAAAUGGUACCGAGCAUUUCCUUCUCGCCUUCCCAGUCUCCUCUCUGUCUAGCUCCUAAAGUCCUUGGCCUCUUGGGCGGACAGACCAAACCAGACCAAACCCAAGGACUUGAGGUCAGAGCGCCCAGCGGGUCUGGCAAGGAGGGGGGAGGGGGGAGGGGAGGGCGGGGG